AUGGCGACAGCAACGCCAAACCUGCAAUUGCCAAGUCUGAGCUUGGAAUGCUUUGUCUGUAAAAAGUGCAAUUCUUUGAUGACAAAUCCGGUUACACUUCCAUGUGGUGGGUCCGUAUGCAGAACGUGUUUUUCGGCUCUUUUCCCCACAGUACGAAACCCGAAAACGCAUGUUCAGUGCAUUUUUGGUCACAAUGAACCGCAUUACUCCGUUGAAACAAAUGUUCGCGACAUCUUGCUGACGAGAAUAUGCGACAUUAUACGCGAAGGAAUUACUCCGAAAAAACAUUUACAAUCAUCGCUUGGAAACGUGGGUACGAGCAUCUCUGCAAUUACCGAAGCCGACACUGGUGCCGACGCUGAAAAUGAAGGGUCUUAUGAACACGACCUUUUGGACGGAUUCAGUAAUUCAUUAAGUCCAAUUAAACAAGCGAGCGAGUUUUGUCGAGGAAGACAAACAAAGCUUAAGGAUGCCAUCACAGCAGAAUUAGAUUGUCAAAUAUGCUAUGCUAUGUUGUAUGAGCCUAUAACGACGCCAUGUGGGCAUUCUUUCUGCGACCCAUGCCUCAUGCAGGCACUUUCUCAAUCUGCUCGUUGUCCUGCUUGUCGAGCAGUACUUCCUUCACCGGCAGUGCUUGAGCAUGCUCAUAACCGGCCAUUGUGUGCCUUUAUCCGUGAGACAUAUCCUGAACACUGGCUCGAACGGCGCAAGUGCUGGGAGGAGGAAAAGGAACAGGAGAGUUGGAUGCCCUUAUUUGUGUGCAUGGUCGCUUAUCCGCACAUGUCCACCUUCUUGCAUAUCUUCGAACCGCGGUAUAAAAUUAUGUUGGAACGUUGUAUGGAGGGAACAAAGCGAUUCUGUAUAACAAUGCCGUUACAGGUGAGCAAACGCCGUGCGCAAAACGAGCAGCCUCGCGAACUGCGAAAUGCUCGCGGUCAGCGUCUCUUUUGUGCCCAAUACGGUACAGUCAUGGAAAUUUUGACGGCCGAACAACUUCCUGAUGGCCGAAGCCUCGUGGAAGCUCGUGGCACAUGCCGUUUUAAAAUUCUCGAUUUUCAGUCCGAUGGGCUGUACCCCAUGGUUAAGGUGGAAAAACGCUUUGACACACCUACGCGGACAUCGCCAUUGCAAUUUCCGCUUCCCGAGCAGUGGCUACAACAUGCAAACAAAUCGACAGAGCAACUCGUGGAAGAGAUUGACAUAUUUUAUACAAAUGCGCGCAACACGUGUGUCCACUGGGUAGUACCAUUGCUCGAUAUACGUUAUGAAGCCGCGACAUUGCUUUCCGAUUUAUCGUUCAAAGUCGCAAGUUUAUUACCCAUUCCAGAGUUUGAGAAGACAAGAAUAUUGGAGAUUGACAAUCCCGAUGACCGGUUAAUUCUCAUUCUGAUAUGGUUACAGUGGCUGCAAAACACUUGGUGGUAUCGAUUGAGCAAUACAUGUACUCUUAGUUAA